GGGAAGUGACGUCCAGCCGGUUGCCCGGCCCCUCCCGGAAGCGCGCGCCGAGGACCCGGAUGUCGAGCCCAGCCGCUCCAGCCAUGUAGCCACCGUUACCGGCGCGAGGGGGGCGGUGUGUCGGCGCUGCCAUGGAGCCGCUAGACAACAGGGAUCCUCUUUUUCCUCCACCUAAUGAGACUGCAGACCUUCCACUGCCAAAUUUAACACCAAGGCAUCAAGAACUUAUUCCUACUCCCUGUGGCCCUAUAAAACCUUGGUCAGAAUUAUCCUCUCCUGUCAAGAUCUACUUCUGUGUAACUAUCCUGUCUCUGUUGAGCGUAAUAGGACUAACCACAGAGACCCUCUUUCGACAGACUCAUGAAGAUUUCACCAUUUCUCUUAUACAGUUAAUUGGAGUUGUGUUCUGCGUGUACUAUGUAACCAGAGGGAUCCUGCAGGAGAAUCGCCAAGAGCUCAUUGUCUUCGUUCUCUCCAUCUUGCUGGUGAUGUUUCGAUCCAUUGUCAACUUCACAGUUGUCUCUGCUCAACAAAAGCCAAAUGUCCUGGCCCGCUUUAUUCUGAUCCUCUUGGUUGGAUCCUUUGACGUGAUCUGCGCCAUCAUCCUCAUUCAGAGUCAAAGCAUGAUGGCCUUCCGAGUGGGUGGGGCUCUGGAAAGCCUCCAGUCUCAGUAUUUUAUGCUGAAUCUCUGUUUUUCCAUGUUGACCUUUGAUCUUCAGGCACAGAUUUUAAAAGAGUUAAAACCUCUGGUCUGGAUUUUUCUGAGUCAGAACAUACCAGAAGUGGCUAAUCUCAUCUACCUGCUCUACAUGGUGAUAAGUGACUGGGGCAAGGGAAUUUCCUACGCCCUGGAAGCUGCCGUCAUCAUUGGCUCCUGCAUCUCCAUGGCAAUAAAAUCUGUUCUGUUCUGGGCACUGCUCCAUGUCUAUCGCAGCUUUGGGCAGGGGCUGAGAGAGAGAAUGUUUUCUUCCUAUGGAAGGAUUGACUCCUGAGGGGCAGCAACCCUGUUCGGUCCCAUUUGGUGCUCCUAUAAAGUGAAACCACAGUGGGAAGGAUCCCAUCCUUCACCCUACAAAGCAUGAGAUGACGGGGUCCAUUUCACUGGGGGUUUAUUCAGAAAACUCAGCCCAACAUGGGGAAUUCAAGCACCUUGCUUCUUUGGUCCUACCAUUUCACAGUUUGGUCUCUACACAUUCCGUAGUUUGCGUUGUGCUUUCUCAGGUCCAUGUGUCCAAGCGGUUGUGGCUGUGCAGCUAACUCUUUCCAGAGCCCCCUCUGCUUUCCAGACCAACGCCACCCCUUCCAUUCCACCCUUGCUCCUGCUGACAGGAUAGCACAUCUGGCAUUUUAUUUCAAAUGGCUGCAAGGACCACCACUUUGUGACCAAAGGCCAAUAAGACGUGCAUGUGAGUGGAGGUUUUACUUAUUUACCACCAGCGUUUAAAAGCAGAGCAGCAGACUGCUGUCUUCUGGCUCUCACAUAGACCACCGAGACUCGGGUUUUCUGACUGAGCAGUGAGGCAUAAGUGUGGAUUGGCCUGCCAUAGCUUCCCAGUGUGGUGUGCAGCACUGUCCCCAGUAGCACCACUGUGCAUCUCCUCCAUCGCACUACUGCAGAUAGUAAAUUGGUUUUUUUUUAAAAAACAAGCUGUUUAUAUAAUUGUUACACAGCCCCUUGCUUCUGAUAGAGCUGUGCAAUUGCUCGUACCAUAACAGCAUGGGUAGGCCCCUUGCUCCUCAACUGUCUUCUUAGAUUGGAAUAUUUAUUUUUUUAAAUCCAACUAAAAAUUAGUUUGCAAAACAAACUCAGAUUAACUAAAUCUGACCGUGUGAGCGUCUAAUAAAUGUGCCCUAUCAUAACUGAGAUUGAUGGUUACACUAAGCCUUUAAUACUAUAAAAAAGUUUGAUAUUUUAUUAAUUGGAAGCUUUUGUUACUGGCUUUGUAUUUUUCAAUAAAGCGUAAACACAG